UCUGGUUUCUUUUUUGACGAAAAUCAACAUGUCCGACUCAGGAUCAGAAUCCGACAUUGAAAUUCAAAGACAAGUCAUGAAGAAAUCAACAAAAAAACCGCCUAAAAGUCCCGACGAACAUCUUAAACGGGAUCCGAAAAAACUAACCACGAAAGACAUGGUACAUUCGGCUUUAAAAGAACUGAAUACACGCAAAGGUGUAUCCUUGUAUGCUAUCAAGAAAUACAUGGUCGAAAGAUACAAUGUUGACACCGAUAAAAUUAAUUAUUACAUCAAAAAAUACAUCAAAACUGGAGUUGAAUCCGGUGUUAUCAUGCAAACAAAAGGCAUCGGAGCGUCCGGAUCAUUCAAACUCGCUCCCAAUAUGGAUAAAAAGAAGAAAAAACCAAUGAAGAAAAUGGAAAAGUCCGAUAAACCUGAGAAGAAGGAGAAAAGCGAAAAAAUUAAGAAGAAAUCAGCACCAAGCGACAAAACGGAGAAGAAAUUAAGCAAGAAAUCAGAAGAUAAAUUAACAAAAAAGAAAGAAUCAACAAAGUCUACGAAAGACAAAGAGAAAAUGGUCAAAAUUACAAAAGAAAAACCAUCGAAAGAAGGUAAAGCAGUGAAAGUUGCCAAAAAGGUUAAGACGUCGAAAAAUUCUAAAAUGGCGACGGAAACUCCCGCCAAAAAACGGACGAUUAUGAUGAAGAGAAAAAGCAUCGGCUCGAUAAUCAAACCGCCUAAAAUGAAGCCCAAGUAAUCGAUACUAAUUAAAUCGAUUAUGUAUGUGUGUGGUUGUAAAAAGGUGUGAAUGUUAUGUUUAUUAUUUUCUUUAUUAUUAUUUUUAUUGUAUUAUUUUGUUAGAAUCAUUAAAACGAGCUAUAAUGGUGCUAAUUCCUGUAAAUAGGUACUAUCUAAUUUUAUUUUAAGUUAUGUCUCAUUUUCUUAUCCGCCGAAAAGUUAAGGGACGGAUAAUCGACAAGCAUAAAAUUUAUGGAACACACGUGAAUUUUAACCACAAAUCUAAAACAACCGUCUAAAAAUUUUACAUCAGUCAAUAACCCGACACAGUUAAGUAGACAGCACGUCAAACGGAUUGCAUACCAGCGACAUACCUUUUUGAUUCGCCCGGGUUAUUCAUUCAUUUACUCAUCCUUCCUAAAAUUAAGAGCUGUGAAUCAUCCGUCCUUUUUCUUUUCGACGGAUAUGAAAAUGACGGAUAUAACUUAAAAUAAAAUUAGGCGGUGUCUGCAGGAAUCGGGGCCAUUAAGUAUUUACCUACUUACUUAAAUUAUCAA